UGUUAUUUGACACACAAAAUAUAAUUCUAGAAGACUCACAAAGAUAGGAGAUAUACAAUAUUCUGUAUGUGGGAUAAAAUAUUCGGAUGCAUAGAAAACGAAAUAUUAAAUUCAAGAUGGAUGCUCUUUGUUGGCUAUCGGUUUUCAUUGUUACGAAUCGAAAAGAAAGGAAAUGUCUUUGCUUUCUCCCUUCCAUAUCAUAUAACCUGUAUUCUUUCCCGAUUUUGUUCUUGACCAACGUACGUAAGACUGGUCAAUGAAAACAAAGAAAAUAAUGAAAUAAAAUAAGGACAAUUCGUUCCACUCCUUUGUGACGGAAAUAUAAAUUUUCUUCAGUUUCAAUGCACCAAUCUUAGAAUCUCCCAACCAUGCAUAAACAAUGGCACUGUUUAAUUUUUCGGUGUGACUUCUAGAACUUAACGAUAAUUUGUCUUCAUAAAAUCAACAUCAACGCGUCCGUCCGUCUGUGUUAUCGUUUAACUCACAUAAUUAUUAUACCGAAAUAUAUUUGGCUGAUUCAAACCACUCAAAGAACUUUGUGUUCUGCAAAGUCUGUUACUGGAGUUCAGUUUCCGUGCUGUGGCCUCAUAUCGAACUCCGUCUCCGUUCGUCUCACCAUGAUAUUCGAUUUACUUCAUGACCUGACCACAUCUAACAUGUCGUUCUUCACCCUAGACAUGACAUCAAAUUCUGUGGUCACAGUGUCUCCUCUCAACUCAACGGCACCUGUUAUAUACAGAACUCCUCUCCUGCAGACUAAACCAAUCUUAGCCAUAAUCUACCUCAUAAUAUUGCUUACCGUAUCCAGCUUCGGUAUGAUCACCAAUCCUAUCAGCUUCAUUAUUCAUUACAAGAACCAAAAGCUAAAUAAAGUCGGGCGAAUAUUUCUGAUGAACCUCUGUUUGGCCGACAUGUGCGUUAAUUAUGUCAGCCUGCCAGCCUGUGCUAUUGGUGUAAUCAAAGGCGAAGAGUUCUUUCGAAGGAGAUCAAUCUACUGUAAAUUCGUCAGUUCGCUUUGUUUCACGGCCUGUGUCUGCGCCAUCCUCAAUUUAUCCAUGGCAACUAUCAACAGGUAUAUUUUCGUUUGUCACAAUCAAAUGUGUGGGAAGGUGUUCAAUCGACGAAAUUCCCUAUCAACCAUCUUUUUGGUGUGGCUAGUUUCCUUCCUGUUGGAAUCGGGCAAUAUAUUCGGCUUGGGUGGUCACGAAUACGACUUUAAACAACAUGCGUGUGUUUGGAACAGGGUGGCCAACCACGCUUAUACUUUGUACAUAACGCUUGUACUUAUCAUGUCACCGCUUUUGUCAGUCGGUGUUCUCAACCUGUUGAUCCUACGAAAGAUACAGAAGACUAAAAUGGAUAUAUGUAAACUUAGCGAUAGCAACCAGAUCCGAGGAAAGAAAUCUUGGUUGGCUGAAACUCUCCGAACAUCCCGAACGAUUUUCCUUCUCUUUACGGUUUUUAUGUUUUGCUGGUGUCCAUAUGUGUUUGUUAUCGCAUGCGAUCCAAAGGAUGAACUACAGGAAGAAGUGUAUCUAUUCGUGGCCCUUCUGGUGCAUUCACAUUCCAGUUCAGGGUUCUUAGUGUACUGGAUCGGCAGCAAAGAGUUCGUUAAAGCAGUCAAGAGGCUGCUCAACAUAUCGUGCCAAGAAUCCAAAUCGAAUCAAAGAGUAAAAAUUUAUGGUAUAAAUAGUAACACUACCAACAGGAAUUUCGACAACCUCGUUUCAUUGCGACUAAGUAAGCAAACCAGCAGAACAUCAAUGACAAGCAAUGUGAACACGAGCUUCGACAUGAACAAUAAAACUCAUCAGCAGAGGGCGGCAAAUUUGGAGGAAGGGUUUAAUCGAUUUUAUCAACCCCAGAUAGAUGAAAGAGAAAGUUGACCUCGGCGCUAUUUGAAGUUAGAAUGUAAAGGGCAUUAACCAAACAACGCAAUGCCUUUUGGUCCACGUUCUACCGAUUCUGGCUGAAUUUUCAAAUGGUUUCUUUAUUUAAAAAAACAAUUUACCUCUCAGCCAACCGACCGACCAACCAACCAACCAGUCAAGCAACCAAGCAACCAAGCAGCCAAGCAACCAACCAAUCAACCAACCCACUGGUUGAUUGCGAAAGCUGCAUUGGUUACAAACGUAUACAUAUCAAUCAGAAACCUCAAUAUUGGGUUGGUGCAUAAUUAUUGCGGCUUUUUUCAACAACCUUUAUUCAAUAAAAACAAUAACAAUAUU